UUAAAAGAGGAGAUAAAAAAAAACAAAACAUUCUCCUUCCGCAAAAAGCAUAGAUACUCCGCCGAUCAUACUUUUUGCACAGAUCCAAUAACUAGCGUCGUUUUAAAAAAACAACUGUCAACAAAAGGGCGCGCGAACAAUUCAGCUUUUAUCGCGCGCGUUCGCAUUUCGAAUUGUGGCAAAUCCUUCCUGUUUCCGCAUUGGCCCGUUUAGUUUUUCGCGCGCUAUUUUCACUAUAAAAUGCGGGGGUGCGUCGUUAGUUCAUCAGUUGUGGGGUGCAUGCGGCGCCCUGAGGAUCUCGUGCUUUUCUGAUUUUACAACGAUUAAUCAGAAAUGUCUGGACAGUGACAGUUCGCUGAGUAAUCCCCCCGUAAAUUUAAGUCUGCACACUCGAUUGAUAGUGUAAGCAAAAUGUCUCAUCAUUUUGUGACAGUGUGCAUGUUCUGCCUGCUAUGUGCGGCGCACACCUGCGGCUCACACAUAGACAUACAGAAAGAUGGCUUGCUAAAGUUCGACCCGAAUGUGGACGCUGGCCAAAUAGCAAUAAUAGAAGACAAAAGAAGAGCUGAGUCAAAAGCGAGAUACAAUCAGAGACUGCAGAAGAUAAGGCACAGAGAUAGGUCAAAGAGGGAAUUGAAAGAUGUGAACCCUAGUUCGUAUGUGGAACAGAUCUUCAGGUUGUACGGCGACGCCGGGAGUAUGACCAUGAAUAUAUCUGGCUUUAAUAGGAUGUUGGAGAAGUUAGAUUUGCAUAAGCUCGUAGAGGGUGGUGUUGAGAAGACUGAAAUUAUAGAUUACAUCGGUCAGACUGGUGCUAAGCAGGAUACUGUUAAUUGCGUCAGCAGCGCGGAACUAAUUACAACAGUAAACAGUAGGCUAAAACCGAACGACCAUGGCCACAGCCACAGCCACGGCCACGGCCAUGACGUGAAGGAACACGAAGAAGAACUCCAGCUAUCAGAGGAGACGUUACAAACCCUAUGCCCUAUACUACUCUACCAAAAACUAGCAAACACUUCCAUAGAACAGCACGGCUGCGUGAAAGAAUCGAAUUUACCCAGCAGACGGAUACCGCCGACAGCAAGCGAGAAAGAGAACGCGUACACCAAAAACAUGCUCGCAGUUUGGUUAUACUCAGGUUUGAGUAUAGCAGUCAUAAGCGCGUGUGGUCUUUUAGGAGUAGCGGUCAUACCAAUCAUGCACAAGACUUAUUACAAUCAUCUCCUACAGUUUUUGGUAGCGCUAGCCGUUGGCACGUUAUGUGGUGAUGCUUUGCUGCAUUUAAUGCCACACGCAAUGAGUCCUUCGGAAGACAGCCACAAUCACGGCGGUACAGCUUUAGAAGUAAGAGAGUCACACGAUGAUGCUAUGUGGAAGGGAUUGGCGGCUAUGCUGGGCGUAGUCUUCUUCUAUUUCACUGAAAAGGGUUUGACCGUCAUCGUCGAAUGGAGGAAGAGGCGCCAAAAGUUGGAAGACGAUAAAUUGCCUUCCAGGGUGCGCGUUUUGAAAGACGAAACUGCUGGCGGUUGCUCCGGUGGCUCCAAAGCGCCGAUCACCAACUCCACAUCGAAUUCUUUCAUGAAGAUCUUUAAGAGGGACGAGAAAGGUGACCCUACAACGAAGACUUGCAAGCACAAGUAUUCGGAGUAUCCUUAUUGCUACGAUGAAAUCGAUACUGAUACGCAUGACGAUCACCAUUUGAGAGACGGUCAGAUCCCGCCGAGUCCGAAGGCGAAACAUAACAAUUCUGUGAGUGUGGUGUCAUCGAACGCACUUAACACAGACGCUAAGGAUGCCAAUGAGCCUACAGCCAAAGAUUGGCUGCUGAAACCGGAGACGACGCCGGCCGUUGUUGAAAUGAACAACAUCAAACAAAAGGAGGAUGGCAGCAAAGAUUUGAAGGAUGGUGACAGUUACACGGUUAUUCUCAGGGAGCAUUCGCGUGCGCAUCAUGGACAUUCCCACGCCCACGGGCAUGUCCAUGCUCCUCCUUCGUCCAUGUCUUCAGUGGCUUGGAUGGUCAUCAUGGGCGAUGGGCUGCACAACUUCACCGAUGGAAUGGCAAUAGGUGCUGCAUUCGCCUCCAACUUAGCUGGAGGUUUUUCAACUGCCAUCGCUGUGUUGUGCCACGAACUGCCACAUGAAUUAGGGGAUUUCGCGGUAUUAUUGAAGGCGGGAAUGUCGGUUAAACGUGCGGUCUGGUACAACGUCCUCUCCUCCGGCCUCUGUCUGGCGGGAAUGGUUUGCGGAGUGUUGGCGGGGCACGCGCCGGACGCGACGAGAUGGCUGUUCGCGGCGGCCGCUGGAAUGUUCCUGUACAUCGCUCUGGUUGAUAUGAUGCCCGAACUCAGUACCUCCCACAGCAAGGAGGGCACUCUGUGCCAGUGCAUCUUGCAACUGAUGGGUUUGGCAUCUGGCAUCGGCAUAAUGCUGGUCAUCGCACUCUACGAGCAUGACCUUAAAUCCCUGUUCGGAUAAACAAAGUGCCAGUGUAGUGGAGAACGGUGCCAAUCUUAUAGGAGUGUGUACUUAAAAUUUUCAAAGGAAAAAAAAAUAGUGAAAACAUCGGUCUACGAAAAAUAUCCAGUGAUAUAUAAAUAAAUAAAUAAUAAAUUAAAAUUUUCGCUCUAGUGUUAACUUAAUUUUUAAGAGAUUUAAGUGUAUGUGAAACUAAUCAAAGUGAUGAUGAACGAAGAAAUGUUAAACGGUAUCAUUCCUAAGGUCGAUGGAUCUUGAACGGAUUGACUUCUCGUGUGCUGUCGUUGUGAGUAACAAUGUUUGGUUUUCCUUUAGUUUAUUGAAUAUUAUUAUGUGCAACACCGUUAUAAGUAUACGAAAAUGUAACUCAAUAUGUAUUAUGCAAGUAUCUCCGUUGGAAAUUAAUUCAUGUAUACCGACUGAUCCGAUGAAAUCUUUCUUAGCGUAAGCCAAUUUAUACUUCAUUCACAAAGGUCAUAUGAUUAAAGCAAUGCAUUUUUGGUGCUUUGUAGAAAUAAAUGUAUUGAAUACUGUUGAUUUAAUUAAGGUAUAAGUUGUACUCAGAUUUCUUGAAAUGUACAUUUUUUGCGGGGGCUAUAUUUAAUGUAUGAUUAUACCAUGUCAUUGUUAAAAACUGAACAUGUUUGCAUUCAAUAUGAAAGCAGAAUGUUAUGUCAAAUAUAUUAUUGCUUUAUCAACAACUCAUGUAACACUGGAAUCUUGCAAAUACAGUAGAACGCCAAUUAUCCAAAUUAAUUGGGACCGGGGUCGAUUCGGAUAAUCGGACAUAGACUAGAAAAACGAACUGUUACACAUUUAAUAAACUUUAUUAAGUUGAACAAACACAGUACUACAAUACUAGAUACAAUAAUAGAGGUUCAUAGUAGCAAAUAAAACCGGGGAUUCAAAACAUGUAGUGUCUUGGCUCUAGCCUUCAACCAUAAAGUUGAUAUAUAUCUGUACUCCAGCGAGUUCCAACUUGUUACAACAAAACAAAAAUAAACUUGGUUUUAACUUUUUAUAUUUCGCUUAUGACUGAUUCGGUUAAUCAGCGUUCGUAUAAUCGGCGUUGUACUGUAAAUGAUAACCUAAAAGCCUUAUCCUUUAAAUGAGACAGACAAGUUAUGUAUAAUUAAAUUGUAUUUAUGCUACUAGAAAAUUCAUUGAAACUACCUUGUUAUAUUUUGGUUUCAAAUUUUCGUAUAACACAUGUUAAUUCCCCGACAAUGGUGAAAGAAGAAAUAUAAACCUAAAAGCUUUACAAUAUAUUGCUAUUUUUAAAUUUGCCACUUUUGAUUCGUAUCGUUAAUGGCCUGAGUUAUACUGUCUUAACUGAUAAAUCCAACCGGUUUAUUAAAAGAAAGAUCUUCAUCGUCUUUUGAUGAAAUCUGUCAAAUGUUAUUUUAAAUAUUGCAUAAGCAAUAGCGAUAUAGAUGUAUUAGUACCUAUUGCUACAAAAAUAAGGAAGUUCAAUAUCAUCUCUUAAGUUUAAUUAUGUAUUUAUAUUGUAUGGAUUUAAACAUAAUAUUGUGGAUAUAAGAGCUCAAUAAUAUGAAAUUAAUUCUGAUUUCCUUAGUUAUUGAAUAUAUUGUUUUGAUCGGCCUAUUUUACUUUGCAUUAAAUUUCCAAAUAUUCACGAAUUAUGUUAGUGAUUCCCUUUAAACAAAUUCUUCAGAACUCCGCAGAAUUCACUAAUAUAGUUUUAUAAUAAUAUAGUUUAUUCUACGAAACCAGUGUUUAAAAUAUCCAUAAAUUGUGUAAAAUUGCGAAUGCAUACGAAAAACGACCUUAACUUGGUUGCGUUUAAAGAUCAAUGAUGUAUUUUCUGAUGCUUGAUUACAAAACAGACUACUUUCGACCUUAUGGUGCAGAAAAUAAAAGUGUAAAUCGAAUUAGUGCAAAGCAUAUGUCUCUUUAUUUAUUAAAACUGCUUGAUGAUAAUAGAAGCAUUAGUCUCUAACAAAGGCCGUUAAAACAAGGUUUUCCAACUCUUACAAAUAAAUUUCAGACAGACAAAAUAAAAUAUUUAUUUCUAAGGCUUUCACACAGACCACUCUUAAAUCUUUAAAUAAAACAAAGUUCCAACGGUUUAAAUGCGUUAAUUUAUUUAUUACUUGACGUUUCCUUCGAAGUUUAGUUUACGAUAGUUAGGGUCAAAUAAAUAAACUCAAAAAUUAAAAAAUAAUUAAAUAAAGUACUAUAUUUACUAAAUUAGCUAAUAAAUUCAUACAUGAACGAUAAAAAUUGCAAUGAAGUAUCAAAACGCUCAAUAAGUCUUUCGAAGGUAGUUCGACGCUCAAGUAACAAAUAAAUUAACGCAUUCAAACCAAAAUAACAAAUCAAAUAUCUGCAUAUGGGUUCGGCUAUACAUUCAUUGGCUAAAAUAAUGUUAAACGAAAAUCCCAACCAAUCCCGUGAUCGGCGUGUUAAUCGCAGUUUUUUCGCCCCGCCCACUUGAUUGCUUGCAGUUUGCGUGGAACCACUUUUUAACACAGUUCGUGUUCUAUAUUAU